AUGGCUUCAGCUUCGACCUUUCUCUCACACCCAAACCCUCAAGCAAACGACGUCGUCUCCUCUGCAAUAUGCCAGUUCAAGUCAUGCAGCUUCGCCUCCCAGUCAACCUUGUUUGGCUCCAAAUUCGCAUCCAAAUCGCUUUCGUUGCACACCGCCACAACCCGACCCGGCCGACCCGAACCCGCCUGCGCUUCCGAUUCGGAACCGAUAUCUGCUUCCCAUUCCCAUCAAACAUUCGAUGUGCUGAUAAUCGGAGCUGGAAUAAUCGGGUUGACGAUAGCCCGGCAGUUCCUAAUCGGGUCGGACCUGUCCGUCGCCGUAAUUGACAAGUCUGUCCCUUGCUCCGGUGCCACCGGUGCUGGCCAAGGCUAUAUAUGGAUGGCACACAAAACACCUGGCAGUGACCUUUGGGACUUCGGACUCAGAAGCCAGAGACUCUGGGAGGACUUGACUGAGAGUUUGAGUGAGCAAGGCUUGGACCCUCUGCAACUAUUGGGUUGGAAGAAAACAGGGAGCUUGCUUGUUGGUAGAACCCCUGAGGAGUCAGACAUGUUAAAAGGAAGGGUAAGGCUGCUAUGUGAAGCUGGGUUAAGAGCAGAGUACUUGUCUGCCAUUGACUUGCUUGUAAAGGAACCCGAACUGAUGGUUGAUAAAGAUACUGGAGCUGCCUUUCUGCCCGAUGAUUGUCAAUUGGAUGCUCGUCGUGCAGUUGAAUUCCUUGAAAAGGGUAACAAGCGUUAUUCAUCAAAGGGUAGAUAUGCUGAGUUUUAUAAUGAUCCGGUGAAAAGUUUAUUAAGAUCUGGUGGCAGUGGGGAGGUUGAGGCUAUUAAGACUUCUAGGAAUAUCUUGUACGCUAAGAAGGCCAUUGUAGUUGCAGCUGGUUGUUGGAGUGGCUCUUUGAUGUGUGACCUGCUUAGAGAAUCAGAAGUUGUACUGGAUGUCCCUGUGAAACCACGAAAGGGUCACCUUCUAGUGCUUGAGAAUUUUAAUUCCUUUCAACUCAAUCAUGGCCUGAUGGAGGUGGGAUAUGUUGAUCAUCAAACUGCAAUUCCACUUCCAAACAUAUCAACUUCUGGAUUGCUUGAUCAUGAUGGACAAACCUUGUCUGUUUCAAUGACAGCCACUAUGGACACAGCGGGGAAUAUUGUUCUUGGGAGCAGCCGCCAAUUUGCUGGGUUCUGCUCGGAAUUGGAAGAAUCCAUCAUUAGUCGUAUAUGGGACCGAGCUGGGGAAUUCUUUCCCAAAUUAAGAGAAAAGUCCCUAUCAGAUUUCAGUAAGAGCAGAGAAGUGAGAGUAGGAUUACGACCUUACAUGCCUGAUGGGAAGCCAGUGAUUGGACCUGUGCCAGGUUUGGCAAACGUGUUCCUCGCAACUGGGCAUGAAGGGGGAGGACUUUCUAUGGCUCUAGGGACUGCUGAAAUGCUUGCGGAUAUGGUGAUAGGCAAUCCUGAGAAGGUUAAUUCUGCACCGUUUGCUGUUCAUGGCCGAUGUUGA